AUGGAGGCUCUAGAAAGAAGAGGAAAAUUAUUGGCGUACGCGGCAGUUAUGUUUAUCGUGUUUUGUUCGCAAUGUAAAGGAGUGGAAGGGCACAGGAAUUCGACAAAGAUGUCCUACGUGUGCCCGCCGCAGUUCAUCCGUCUCGGACACAGCUGCUACUUCUUCAGCGACAACAAGGCUACAUGGCAAAACGCCUUGUUCUCCUGCAAACAAGUAUUAGUUUACGCAACAAUAACAAAUGAUUCACGUGUGGGCAUAGACGAGAACUAA